CAUCUCCCUUAGACAUAUUUCCACCUUGAUAAAGUACCAGCAAUCUGUCUCAUAUCGAUCGCCCUUGAUCAGCUGCCGCCAUUCCGACCUCCAUGACCACCGACAUCAUGCACGACUCUCCCUCCUCGAAGCCACACCAUUCCCCCGUUUCGCGUCCGAGUUCCAAACCAAAAGGUAUACUGAAGAAUGCGCCACUCCCCACCCACACUGGUCAGCACUUGCAGUGGGAUGAGGACAACUUGGCGUUGACAGAGGCACAGAAGGAUAGUCAGAUGAAGAUCACGGAGCCGAAGACACCAUAUGUUAGAUACAAUGCCCUUACUGAUACUGUUGAAAGCGACAUCCCAUCUCUCGAUCUGAAUGGCGGCUCUUUCACGGCCUCCCCUGUACGGCCACAAUCUCCAUCGAGCAGCACCGGUGCCACAGGUGGCGGUUCAGCGCCCUCAUCUCGCCGCACCUCCUUCUCCAGUACCGGGCGCGCUUCGUCGGCGUCUGCCCGCCCUGACAGUGGCCGGUCCAGUAGGAGCACGAGCUUCAAUCUACCCGACGAUGCACGCGAGACGAUUAGGCUGGAUGGGCGCCAGCCCGGUGAUGAGAUCGAGUUUGAGGAGAUGGACGAAGAAACCGCCGCAAAGCACGCUGCAUUCGUCAAGGCCCGUGGACGGCACUAUUCGAACGAAGCCGAAGCCAUGAAGAUGGCUGCGAAACUGAUCGACGAGGAAGAAGAAGACGAGAAUGUCUCGACUGAGCACAGCGUGGAUGAAGAUAGCGUCAUGGAUGAGGAUGCGCCAGUUAAAGUCAACGGCACCCUGCGCACUGAAGGUUGACCGUGGAAUGAUAGAGUCGAUUUCGAGACGUCCUAGGACGUUGGACGCUGCCUGUUGCUGCUGGUGAAUGUCGUACUUGCACUGUAUACUGAUCCGCCUGUCUUCGCAAUAUAUCCCGUAAUUGUAUUCGUGCAUCUUUUGACAUCGCUUCCGGAC